AUGUGGACAUUCCGAACCAUAUUGAUAUUUGCUUUCCUUGUUUCAAACAUCUCUCUCGUCAACGGAGCAGAUUGCGACUCGAACCAGCCCCGCAAAGAAGGGGACCCCUCAGGCGCAGACAUCGCCAGCUUUCUUUCUGGCGCCCUGAACGACCCCAAUGGCAUCAUCUGUGCUGGUGGAUUCCCACCACUAAACAAUACACUGAACAACACACUGAACAACAGCAAAAUCGCUACCUACAAUGCACGCUCGAUGCUUUUCAAUGUUACACGAGAAGACGCCACCAAGCCCAUUGAGAAUUGCAACGAAGCUUUCUCGAACAUCAUCGAACAAUGCAUCCAGAACGACAACUAUUGGGGCGGAGUUUGGCCCGGAAGACCCUGUGUCCCUUGCCCUAUCACCACCUUCGACCCUAUUACCAUCUUCGACCCCUUCACCGUCUUCAACACUGUCGCCAUCUUCAAUCCCUUCAUCGUCUUCGACCCCAUCACCGUCUUCAACCAUGUCGCCAUCUUCAACCCCGUCGCCAUCUUCAACCAUGUCGCCAUCUUCAACCAUAUCGCCAUCUUCAACCCCGUCACCAUCUUCAAUCUCGACUGUGCUCACAGAAACGGAUUCGGCUGGAAGUCUAAUGACUUUAACUUUCGUUCCCUCCACUGUUCUCGAAUAUGCGACCUUAACAAAAGCAACGACGGCCUCGACAACCACGACGGAUUCUAG